AUUCAAGAAGUAAGUCAUGGCAAAACAAGAAAGUGGUGUCCGUGUUGCCAACGUGCAUCAUGUCUUCAGUGAAGGUGCCUUCCUGCUUCCAUACCUGCUAAUGCUGUUGGUGCUGGGCAUCCCUCUGCUGUGUAUGGAGUUGACUAUAGGACAGUACACCAGAAGAGGGCCGGUCCACGCUCUGGCUCAUGUCUGUCCACUCUUAAAAGGUGUAGGCAUAGCAUCUGUGGCCAUUUCCUUCAUCAUGUGCACGUACUACAAUGUGGUGAUCGCCUGGGCCCUCUACUACAUGUUCAGCUCCUUUCAAGCGCCGCUACCCUGGCAGAGCUGCAACAACACGUGGAACACGGCAAACUGCACCGAUCACGCCACCAACAGCAGCUACUCCUCCACUGCCAGCCAGGAGUUCUUCAAAUACAAGAUGCUGCAGCAGACGCGAGGCGUUGAAGACGCCGGAUCCAUUCGCUGGGAGAUUUUCCUCAUCCUUGUGCUAGCUUGGCUCCUCAUCUACUUCUGCAUAUUCAAGGGGGUGAGAUCAACCGGCAAGGUGGUGUACCUGACAGCUCUGCUCCCCUACGUCAUCCUCAUUGCGCUGUUGAUCAACAACGUGCGGCUCCCCGGGGCCUUGCAGGGAAUUCUGUUCUUCAUCGUGCCAGACUGGGAGAAGCUACUCUCAGUUGAGGUUUGGGUGAACGCCGCAGCACAGAUCUUCAACUCCAUCGGGAUCGGGUUUGGUUUCCUCAUGUCCAUGGCCAGCUAUAACUCUUUCAACAACAGCAUUCUUAAGGACACACUGACUAUAUCCAUCGUCAACUCCCUCACCAGCAUCCUGGCAGGCUUUGUUAUUUUCUCAGCGUUUGGGUACAUGUCUCAUCUGCAGGACGUUCCUGUGGCCCACUUGGCUGUGGACGGUCCAGGACUGGUUUAUAUUGUCUACCCACAAGCCUUCGUCAACAUGCCAGUGCCUCAGCUGUGGGCUGUGCUGUUCUUCUUCAUGCUACUCUGCCUGGGACUAGACAGUCAGUUUGCCAUGGUGGAAGUGAUGGUGACCAGUCUGACGGAUCAAUGUGAUCAACAACUGAUGAGAUUCUUCAAGAAGAAGGAGCUGUUUGUUCUUGCGGUUUGUGUGGUGGCGUGUCUUCUUGGAAUUCCCUGCGUCAUGCAGGUGGGGAUCUACGUCUUCCAGCUGAUGGAUCAUUACACCGCCAUCGUGUCCAUCAUGUUCCUGGCAUUCUUUGAGGUUCUCGCCAUUUGCUGGCUUUAUGGCGUGGGUCGACUCUCUGACAACCUGGAAGAGAUGACUGGAAAAAGAGCAAACGUUUUCUUCAGGCUGUGUUGGCAAAUUGUGGCUCCUUUCCUCAUCACGGUGAUCCUGAUCUUCUCCAUCAUCCAGUUCAAACCUGCCCGCUAUGAAGGCUAUGUCUUCCCUCCUUGGGCCCAAGGUGUUGGCUGGGUGGUUGCCAUGGGAUCCAUCAUUUGGAUCCCUUUGGCCAGUGUUCACACGUUGUGGGUGCUACCUGGAUCCUUUGUGCAGAAACUAAAGCUGUCCAUCAGGCCGUACUCCCUGUCGGAGACAUCCAAAAUGGCGUAUUACGAGAGGGGAGGAGGUGACCGAUAUCCAGUGGUGUCUGUCAUAAGCGCCUCCAUCCGUCCACAAGACAAAGCGCCAAACCAGGGCAACUGAAGAGGCGUGCAGCUGCAACGGUCCCUUUCUGCCAGGCAGAAAGUAACAUGGAGAUUCUUUGUGAGUCAGCGUAUUGCUUGGAAGUGAACUUUGGACUAUGAUAGAAAGUUAAGCGAUAAUUUUAGUUUUUAUAGUUUUUAUGAUAUUUUUGAUAGUUUUUCAAAAACACACUCAACUUCAUAACUGGUGCUGUUUCGUGGUUGAACACGGCCUACUAUUACUCCAAAAUAUGCACGUUAUGUAUUGUUUCAGCCUAAGCUCAGCAUUUCAAGCAUAAAAAUGGACGAAAAUGUACUGAAAUGUAAAUAUAAGGCAUUCAGAAGACGCAUUUAAAGACCUUGUGAUGAUGUGUAGUAUUUUACACUGGUCAGUAGGUGGCAGUGAUGUUACUGUAACGCUCGGUGAGACACACAAGCACCAGACUUGAUGGCCAAAAUAUGAUUGCAGGUUUGAAAUGAUCUCACAACAGGCACAAUCAUCUCUCCAGAUUCAAGAUUCAAAUUUUCCAUAGAACAACGGCAUACACGGAAUGAGCCCUUUUGUCAGUCAUACAGGAGGCAGGGGCCGCUCCAUCCAUUUUCGAUGCCGCCUAUCCCGGCUAACCUCAGGCCAGAGUAAUGCAAAGUAACGGAUUACAAAUUCAAUGAGUAGAAUGCAAUAUAUUUUUUCAGUGUACUUUUCUUAAUAGUAAUGUUAAAAUCUCAUCUCGUGACACCCCUAUUCCUAAACCACGCCAUGCUAAAACUCAACUCUGAACCCCUGACGUCAGUUCCCGAGCACCAGGUGACAUUUACAGCACCACACACGCCUUAUUUAUACCUUAUUAUGGCUACUAUAGUAGUCAUAAGUAGGGGUGUGAAGAUGACUGUAGGGGUGUUAUUUCAUGUCUACAUGGCUUUAAUUGUGUUAAUUUAAUUUACCAUGAAAUUAUUUUGGUUAUAUAUUACAUUGGUUAAUUUUAACCAAUUACCCGCGACAAACGAGGGAUUACUGUGCUGCAUAUCUUCUGACACUUCACCGUCCUUCAUUCGACAAGUCGUUUUGCUAACAGCAGUGCCAUCCUUUGGCCACAUUUGGAACUGCAGCGAUGAGUGUAAAUAGUUGUACUGUACUUUUAUCUGUAUUUAACUAAUGCAUUUAAACGUGGUAACCAAACUAUUUAAAAAUGACCAAAUCAAAGUUGUUCAUAUUGUUAUACAUCCCUUGGAUACAGA